UGCGGCUGUACGGGCUGGUGGGAACCCGAUGUGGCAGCGGGGCCUCCGCGGCGAACAGGGAGGUAGAGAGCCCGCGAGCACAGUGCUGGAGACACAGCCGCCAUCCUCUUCGCUUGUCUGGCCACCCUCCUAGGCACGCUUCUCGCCUACGGAUCCUCCCCCUCUCAGCUCUUGCACCCGGCUCGUCGCCUGCUCAUCCUCUCGCCCCACACUCACAGCGAAGGCAGCAGCGAGGUGUCCAAUUUGGGCACGUGAAGCCUGUGAUCCCCGGACGCGGGGAGCCUCUCUCCUCCGCCUGCAGGUAUGAAGACCCCUCACAAAAAGGUAGCUGCAGGGCAGGCAACCAGGGAAGCUGUCAAUCGCCACACCGGAUCUGCAAAUAUGAGGAAGAAAAAAACCUCUCAAAAGAAGCAGAGGGGCAGACCUUCAUCCCAGCCCCGGAGGAACAUCGUGGGCUGCAGAAUUUCACAUGGAUGGAAGGAAGGCGAUGAACCCAUCACGCAGUGGAAAGGAACCGUUCUGGAUCAGGUGCCUAUAAAUCCCUCUCUUUAUCUGGUGAAAUAUGAUGGAAUUGACUGUGUUUAUGGACUGGAACUUCACAGAGAUGAAAGGAUUUUAAAGCUUAAAAUCCUUCCUGAUAAGGUGCCAUUUUCUAGAGUCAGAGAUGUGCGCCUUGCAAAUACCAUAAUUGGUAAAGCUGUGGAACAUAUUUUUGAGGGUGAGCAUGGUUCUAAGGAUGAAUGGAGGGGGAUGGUCUUAGCCCAAGCACCAAUCAUGAAAGCCUGGUUUUAUAUUACCUAUGAGAAAGAUCCUGUCUUGUACAUGUACCAGCUUCUAGAUGAUUAUAAAGAAGGAGACCUCCGUAUAAUGCCAGAGUCUAGUGAGUCUCCUCCAGCAGAGAGGGAGCCAGAAGGAGUUAUAGAUGGCCUCAUAGGUAAACAUGUGGAAUAUACCAAAGAAGAUGGCUCCAAAAGGACAGGCAAGGUCAUUCACCAAGUCAAAGCCAAACCCUCUGUGUAUUUCAUCAAGUUUGAUGAUGAUUUCCAUAUCUAUGUCUAUGAUUUGGUGAAAAAGUCCUAACUGUUAGUAUGCAGUUUGCGACAUUUGUGGAUUUGGAGAUGCAAAAAAAUGUUACUUUUCAAUGUAUAGGAAGCUUUAGAGUCCCCAUUAACCCAACAUCAUUGCCAGCAUAACUGUUGCUUUGUUCUAAAAAAAUACAAAUGUAUGUGGACAUGACAUGCUGUGUGUAAGGACUUUAUCAUGUUGAAAAGAUUGGGUGUAUUUGGUGGAUGGGAAAUGAAAGGAAGGACAGCUAUAAUUCAGGCUGUGAAUAAAGUUCAGCUAGAAUCAUAAUCAGUCAUCUAAAAAUGGAAUAGGACUUAGCUGGUCUGGUCUAGGAAGGGGGAGGAGAAGGAAUUAGAGAUGGGCUGUGGGGGGGGAAGGGAAAAGAGGAGUGACUGCUUAGGAAGAGGUGGGGAGGAGCCAGAAAUGGAGAGGCUCCCUGGGGAGGAGGGGUGUCCUAGGAAGGUGAGGCACGUAACUGGGAAGAGGUGAAGAAUAACAGGGAAGGUGAGAUCAUGGGGCUUAGAGGAAAACAAUAAAUUGAGUAGAGAGGGGCACAAAGAAGCUUAGAAGAGGUCCAGAGCAAGGGAGUGAAAGAGCCAAAUUGGCAGGGAUGUGGGGAGAAGCUAAAGGAUACUCAAAGGGAGGGUCUAUGAAGGGCCAAAAGGGCAGAUACACUGAGGAAAGAGGAAUUCUAGGAAGAGAGACUGACUAGGGGAGUGAGAAUACAGAAAAAGAGGUGUGGGGAGUGGGGACUAUGAGAGAUGGGAAGGCCCAGGAAAAAGUUGGACUUUUGACAGUAUCCACAUUUUUGUCCCUGGCUCUAUGCACAAAAGGUAUGGCAACUAUCAAAGAAGCCAGUUGGGUUGGGGGUUCCCUAGAAGGUUAUUUUUACAGGGAUGACUCAAGUGUUAAACAGGAGCCAAGUUUAUACCUAAAACUCUUAUUUCAGGGAAUUCAUGCCACACCUGCUAAGCAGAACCCCCACCCUCAGCCUAAAUACACUAACAUGGCACCCUAUAAGCACAGGACUGUGAGCGGCCUCCUCACAUUUCCCAGAGGACUCAGGUGCAGUAGAUCUCUGACCUGAAGGUCUUGGUUCAUUGUCCCUACACUGGAUAAGCAAUUCUUUUGAGGAAUGGGUCAGAUGUGCCACUUUGUAUUUGGAAAGUAUUUUAUCAAGAAAAAUGGAACCUUGCUGAACCUAGGUACAGCAGUCCCCUCACCGUUCUUCCUCCCACUGGAUUGUACCUUGCCUCCCUACAGAGGAGGGACAUCAGAACAUUGAGCCUACUGUUUCUCUUCAGGGCAUGGGGAGUACUUGACAGUCCAUGCUUCUUUCAGUAGCUGGCCAAAACCGCAAGUGGCUCUACCCCGUGCUCCACCAAAUUGAUGUCUGCUGCCCCCAGGAACCCCAUUCUGGCUGUACCCCAACAAAGCCAGUGGCUCCUGACCCUUCACAGUUACCUCCUGGCCUGUCUUGCCCACCCCAAGCACACAGGGAACUGUGAUAGUAGUUUGUAAAGCUGUUUCCAGGUGAGAUAGAUGGCAUGGAGCAGGCAGUCUGGGAGUUGUGGCUUUGUAUAACUAACUCCUUCAACAGUAUAGUGACACAUAGAUGGGUGGUAGUUGGUAGGGAGAGGAUUCAGUAACCCCAGUAAAGGCCCUCAGAGAUAUGGUGUCCCAACACAUGGGUCUACAUCCUUCUCUUCUUCUUUUUGCCUUUCCCCAGUCCAAUCAUGAAAGUUACCCUAAAACCUCUCUCUCUGUUUCCCCACCCCACUCUUCAUUGAAAUACAUCCCUGCCCUCAAAGAGUUCUGGUGAUUCUCCACUGCCCAGGUUUCCCUAACUCCAUGCAUGGGAGGGGGAUGCAGGGAGCUUCCAGGAGUUGAAAGAAGGUGGUAAUUCCUGUUCAUUCUCCACCGAACAUGACUUGAAGCAGUUUGCCUCAAGAGCGACACAAGGCAAGUCCACCUCACAGUAGCAGGGGUUAGUUUUCUUUCAUACAUCAUAAAAUUUAUUCUGGCAAACACUUCCAGGCCACCCAAGGGCCAAUUUCAGCCAGCUAUCUUGUUGAUCUUUGUGGUUUUAUUGCUUUCUAAGUUUAAAUUAGCUAUUUAGACAUUUGGAAGAUUUUAUAUGACAAAAAUUCUCAUUUCUGGCUCACCUAAAAAAAAAAAACAUAAACAGUAAACUAAGGAUUAGGGCCCACAUUCCAAUAAAGAUACAAGCAGACAGGGCUCAGCCCAUUUUAGACUCAAUGUUCUCAAGUUGGCCAUGCACCCAGUUGGCCAGCUUCAGUCUAAUAUAAUGCCCAGUUGUCUCUCUGGAGGCAUUUGCAUUUGUAGCUUUGGGGCUAGACACAGGAAAAACUGCCUAGCUCCCGUUUUAGCUUGCUUUGACCAUAUCUCUUUUAAAUUUAUUUCUUUGUGUUCAUCCCACCAAUACUUGUUUCAGAUAGGCUCUCUUCCAGGCAGUCUUCUAGGCACAGGUACUUGGGAUAUGGUAAUGAACAAAAGAAACAAAAUAAUCAUAGCUGCAUGUAUCUUUCAUUUCAGUGUGUCAGACAGUAGCCAAGAUAUAAUAAGUAAAUAUAAAGUAUUUUCAAAUUGAUUAGUGUUAAAAAGGGGGGGAAAAACAAAGAAAUAGAGCAAGGAAUGGUGAAUUGAAAUUCCAGGCAGGAGGCUGAAACUGGAUAGAAAGGAAGGCCAGGGAGAGUCUCACUGAGAACAUGGCUUUUGAGUAAAGACUUAAAGGCAGUGAGAGAACUGGUCCAGUGCCUGUCUGGGGAAGGAGCAUUGCAGGUAGAGGGACAGCAAAUGUUGAGCGCCCAAGGCACUAGUGGCCUGGCAUAUUCUAGAAACACUGAGGACACUAGCAGGGCUGGAGCUAAGUGAGCAAGGUAGAGACAAUCAGGAAGUGAGUUCAGAGAGGUGAUGAGGAUUCUCUCGAAUCCUUGGAGAUCUUAGAAUGGAAUUUGGCUUUUACACUGAAUUUGAUGGGGAGCCAUUCAAGUAUUUUCAGCAGAGGCACAACAUGAUUUGUCUCAUUUUAACAGGAUCACUGGCAACCCUGGAGAGUAAUGUGUGUGGAGUGCAAGGAUGAAAAAGGGAGGUCAAAUAGAUCAGCAAAACAGAGGAGGGACCCAGAAACAGAUUUGUAUGUAGGAAACUGGAAUCUUAAUAGACAUGACGUUUCAGAUAAAUGAGAAAAGACAUUUUAUUUAAUAAAUGGUGUUGGAUUAAUCUGUUUUUAUCCCAUAUGGCAAAAAUAAAUUUAAGCCCUUUCAUCACACCUUGCACACAGAAUAAAUUACAAGUGGAAAAAUAGUUAAUACCUAAAUUUGGAAAGUAACAUUUAUAAAAGUUUUAGAACCAAAUGGAAGAGAAUGUUUAUAUUUUUUUCCUGUGGAAAUAGGGAAGAUUUUGUUUAAAGGCAAAAGGGAAAAGUUUGAUAAGUUUGAUUAUAUUAAAAUA